GCUGAGUUAAUUUCCUCCUGACCUUCGCCGGCGACGGUCGACCAUCACCCGAAUAGUUCAAAAUCUUCAAGUGUUUUUUGUAAUAAAUCAAAAAGUUGUCAUCAUGUGCGAGACCACCUACAAAAAUGUCACCCAUUGUAUUUUCGAUAUGGACGGAUUGUUGAUUGACACUGAGCAGCUUUAUACAACUGUAUUUAAUCGUUUACUUAGUCCUUAUGGCAAAGAGUUCACAUGGGCUCACAAAGGUCAAACCAUGGGAUUCCAUACUCAUCAGUUAAUUAAAUUUCUCAUUGAUACUUUUGAACUACCAAUGCAACCUGAUGAAUUGCAUAAACGUCUGCAGGAUGAUUACAAGGAGAUAUUCCCAACGACUAAAUUUUUACCAGGUGCUGAAAAGUUGUUGAGACAUUUAAAGAAACACAAUAUCCCCAUUGCUUUAGCUACAAGUUCCAGUGAAGAGAGUUUCAAUCUCAAAACAAAGCAUUUAACAGAAGUUUUUGAUUUAUUUCAUCAUAAAGUUCUUGGUGGAUCUGAUCCAGACGUGAAAAUAGGAAAACCAAAUCCAGAUAUAUUCUUGGUAGCAGCCAGAAGAUUUCCUGAUUGCCCUGAUCCAUCUAAGUGCCUUGUUUUUGAAGAUGCUCCAAAUGGAGUGCAAGCAGGUGUGAGUGCUGGUAUGCAAACUGUUAUGGUACCUGAUCCAAACCUACCUAAAGAAUUUACAAAGAAAGCUACAAUUGUUUUAAAUAGUUUAGAAGAUUUUAAGCCUGAACAAUUUGGUUUACCAAAAUUUGAUUGAAAAAAUUAGUAAAUAAUAAGAAAUUUAAUUUUAAAAUAUCCGGGACUAUCUGUCAAUACUAAAAUUAUUUUUGUAUUCACAUUAAAAAACUAUAUAAAUGAAGUUUUUAGAGGAAUGCUAGUUCCUAAGUAAAGUGUUAUAGUUCAAACAAAACUUGUAUCACUUUAAAUGCAACUCUAAAUUUUGUUAAAUAAAUUUAUGCGAAACUCAUUA